GGAUGCCGGGGUCCGGGCCGCAGCUGCGAGGCCAGACUCAACACCGCGGGCCUAGAGUCUGGAGAGGGAGCCGCGGGUGCAGGAGAGGGCGGGACAAGCGAUGCCUUUCUGCUGCACUUUCUCUUGGCAUUCAUGAGGUUGCCUAGCUGCGCUUCAGAGAGAUUUGUAUUAGCUCGGAGUCCGUCUGACAAGUGAGGAAACAGGGCGAGAAUUUGAAGGCGUAGCCAUCUCCUGGGCCACGCAACCUGCUAAGGGGAGGCCAGGGACCAAGACCGCGGGGUCUGCACUCCCAGGCCCGCUGGGGUCGAUGCGCGUGGGGAGCAAGAGCCCGGCUCCGUCCUCUGCACCUCGCCGCUGCAGGAGGCUCCUUGGAGGAGGAGCUCGGGACGCGGAGGAGGAGCCAGUACAGACUCUGGGAGCUGGGACACGAUUCUCCGGGAUAAGAGGCAGAGCCCGGGAGGAACCCCGUCAGCCGAGCGGGCAGAAAUCUCCGGGAGCAGCAUCAUGGAAGAGAAACAGAUUCUGUGCGUGGGGCUAGUGGUGCUGGACAUCAUCAGUGUGAUGGACAAAUACCCGGAGGAGGACACGGACAGCAGGUGCUUGUCCCAGAGAUGGCAGCGUGGAGGCAACGCAUCCAACUCCUGCACUGUCCUCUCCCUGCUUGGAGCCCCCUGUGCCUUCAUGGGCUCGCUGGCCCCGGGCCACGCUGCCGAUUUUGUCCUGGACGACCUUCGCCGCUAUUCCGUGGACCUACGCUACACGGUCUUUCAGACCACAGGCUCCGUCCCCAUUUCCACAGUCAUCAGCAGCGAGGCCAGUGGUAGCCGCACCAUCAUACAUGCCUACAGGAACCUACCAGAUGUGUCUGCUAAAGACUUUGAGAAGGUUGACCUGACCCGGUUCAAGUGGAUCCACAUUGAGGGCCGAAAUGCAUCAGAGCAGGUGAAGAUGCUGCAGCGGAUAGAACAGCACAACGCCAGGCAGCCUCCAGAGCAGAAGAUCCAGGUGUCUGUGGAGGUGGAGAAGCCGCGAGAGGAGCUGUACCAGCUGUUGGGCUACGGAGACGUGGUGUUUGUCAGCAAAGAUGUGGCCAAGCACUUUGGGUUCCAGUCAGCGAAGGAGGCCCUGAGGGGCCUGUACGGUCGCGUGAGGAAGGGGGCUACGCUGGUCUGUGCCUGGGCUGAGGAGGGUGCCGAUGCCCUGGGCCCUGAUGGACGGCUGCUCCACUCCGACGCUUUCCCACCGCCCCAGGUGGUGGACACUCUGGGGGCCGGAGACACCUUCAACGCAUCCGUCAUCUUCAGCCUGUCCCAGGGGAAGAGCAUGCAGGAGGCACUGAGCUUUGGCUGCCAGGUGGCGGGCAAGAAGUGUGGUCUGCAGGGCUUCGAUGGCAUCGUGUGAGUGCCCUGUGGCAGGAAGCACCGGCUCACAUCCCCGCCCCGGGCCAGCAACACUGGCUGCCGUCGCCCUCUCUUCUCUGGCCAGCUGGCAUCAGGCUGCCUUGCCCCCCCAGGCAGAUGCAGGCUGUGGGAGGGCUCCACCUGUGACCUGGCAUCUCACAUGGCAGAGCUGCAGAGCAAAUAAAUCUUCCCCAGAGCCAGCUUCCUUCUGGCAGUCUGUUUGUCUUCGAUGUCUGAGCUGCUCUGGCUGGGGAUUCUGGAGGCUUUGAUCCUGCAGUCCUUCGCCCUUUUUUUCUCUAGUCCCCAAAUUCACCUCCUGCCCAGGCCCAGAGGAGGGGCCACCCAGACCAGAGCAGCAGGAAGUGCCCCAGGCUUGCCACCAGCUGUGCCCCUGCUGGGGCCCCAGCUCAGGGUAGAGGGCCAGACUUCCAGCCUUCCUGGUGGGGGAGGAGACUUAACCCCUUGCACCCCAGGGAACCUUCCAAAUAACCACAAGCCAUGAGAAAAGCUCCUCUGGGCCCCAGCUCUGUCACAAGACUCCAGUGGCCACAAGUGUGUCCACAUGGCUGAGCCAACCUGACAGGCCAGCGGGCAGGGAGCCUCCUCUGGUUUGGCGGCGCCUCUGCAGUCCAAAAAUAUCUCCCCAAUGACUGACCCCGAGCCUGACCGCCCCCCCUUGGAGCCGCCUUGUGGUUAAGGCGGUGCCUGCGCCACAAAUAUGACCCGGAAUGCAAAGCAUUGCUUUCCCUGGGGGAGACCUGGUCUGAGGGCAUAUGGGAAUUGGUGAAUUUCCACAUGGGAGUUGGGGCAGGGGGGUGAGGCCGUAGAAUGUGAUAAAAGGUAUGGGCUUUAGGCUCAGACAGGCCUGAAUUCAAAUCUGCCACUUACUUAGCUAUGGGACCAUGAGUACAUUACUGAACUCCAUCUUCCCCAAUUUCCUCAUCUGUCAAAUGGUGCUAAUUCUGCCUGGUCAUAGAAUUAUCGUGAGGAU